GUACAGCCAUGUCCGAGUACGCAUUCAGAAAGAUCAACAUCGACGCUCUUGAAGAGGACGUCCUCCUCCCCUCCGACCUCUACGACCCAGACCCCCGGGGUCCUGACGGCGUGUUAGCUGAUGCCCAGAGCAGGAGUGGGGAGGUCAGGAGUCUCGUAUCAAGGGGCGAUAUUGCAGGAGCUUUGGGGACAAUCCUGACUGAUCCUCCAUACGGCGAAGGCGUGGACGAAGCCAAAGCUCUGACAACAAAUUCCCUUCUCCUGAUAUUCAACUCCACUCGCUCGACAGACAUUCCCGCACUCGUGAAAGGUCUCGACCACGUUCAGCAAGACCGCUUGAUGGCGUACCUCUACAAGGGGAUGGCGGCGCUUGGGCAGGGGAGCGGGGAUACUAGUGGCAGUGUGCUGCUGACUUGGCAUGAGAAGGUUUGUCCCCAUUUGGCUUAAUCCGUGGGUCGCUGCUGAUCUCGUGGGUCUGCUUUAGCUCACCGAAGCUGCCGGUGUUGGGUGUAUCGUGCGGGUCAUGACUGACCGGAAAACGUUGUAAUCGCACUCAAAGUGUCGAUCCUGGCUGAAAAGAGAAUGUACAGUUGAUCUUGUAGAUAUCAUGACGAACAGAAUGGACUUGAACUAGAACA